UAUAGUGCAGUUUACAUUGUAUUAUACAUUUUUUGUCGGCCAAGUCGUGUGGCCUGUUCCAUUUGGCGAGCAUUUCUUUAUAUUGGAUGGCUCUUGUCUGCUUUGUCUUUCUUCCUGAAACUGGUUUAUAUAUUCUUUUUCGUGCUUAUGCCUGUUGAUCUUUGAAUGCCUACUUUUCUCCAUUUUUAAAAUCCCCAAAAUCAGGGGGAAUAUUCUGCCCUUGUGUUGAAUAAAGAGUCAGUAUAUUUGAUGGUUGCUAAGGAAAUGGAAAGAGCUCAUAAUUUGGCUAUAUGCUUAUUGGGUUUCCCUUUUCCCUUUGAAUUCGAAUCCGCUUGUUGAAUGUUUACGCAUGAAACUGAUUGUUUUGUCGAAAUUUUCGUGCAUAUCUGUAUGAUGUCUGCUGCUAAUUGGGCUGAUAAAUUGAUGUUGCCCCAAAAAAAUUCUAUAGAAUCCAUUCUUUUUUUUUUUUCUUUUGACACAACUAUAGAAUCCAUUCUAAGAUACCAUGGUCAAGUUUUUGGCACUUUUUGUUUUUGGAAAAAUUAUUUUUUAAAAAAAAAAAAACCUAACCUCUCUUCGACCAUUAUCUUUGCUCUCUAUAAGAGAAUCGGGUUCUUCACAUGGGCAUAUUGCAAACUUCAAUCAUAGGGAUGGAUCUCUCCCCCUUGAUUGAUUGCUUUUAUUAUUUUCUAUGCUAGUAGUCAAAGAAUCAUUUCUCAGAGCAACAUUUUUCGACUCAUGAAAUUUUUGUUUUUAACUAAUGAAAUUUGUAGUUCGUUUCUUUAUUAUACCUCCGGUGUUACAAAACUGGUUGAGAUAAAAAUGAGUGCAGUGGAGAAAUCAUCGACGACCACAAAAACCCCAGCGGAUUUUCUCAAAUCCAUUCGUGGUCGACCAGUUGUUGUAAAGCUGAAUUCUGGUGUUGAUUAUCGAGGCAUUCUAGCAUGUCUAGAUGGCUAUAUGAAUAUUGCAAUGGAACAAACAGAAGAGUAUGUAAACGGGCAGUUGAAGAACAAAUAUGGAGACGCUUUUAUUCGAGGGAAUAAUGUUCUAUACAUCAGCACAUCAAAGAGGACCCUUGCAGAAGGGGCUUAGAUUGUGGCCUUGUGCUGCUACUGCACGACUUUGGAUUUGGAAGACUGCUGAUUGGUUAUUACAUUUCCAGGUUAUUUAUUGGUUAGGGCUUUUGCUUGUUAAUUUUAAGCAGUACGUCUCGCUUGUGCUUGUUAUUUUUGGAUAUCCUAGGCAAAAUGGUGCCACUUGUUCCCAA